AGUUCUAAAUCCCGAAUCUAGGUUAACCCGAUUCUGAGCUGAUAGGUUCUCAUAUACACUGUUGAAUUAAUUCACUUUGAAUGCCGGUAUUGUGCAUCGCGGUGUCGAGAGAAAUGAAUCAGGAAAUGACACCGGGGAUGAAACUAAAACUCAGUUGGAGUCUAGGAUGAAGGAUAGUCCCGAUCUAGUCCUGACCAAGACGACAUUCGGAAGCUCGGAUAUUUCAAAAGCCUGUCAUUUUGAAACUUCAAAAGAUCUCGUGAAUGGUGUCAUCAGUUUAUUCCGUACUGGACAAACAUGCAGCUGCGUCUGAAUAAUCCGGUCCCUUCUGAUGGCAGUGCUGGGGAUGAAAAGGAAGAGAAAAACGGCGAGGAUGGUACCGCUGCCAAGAAGAAACACGGUCAUGGUGUUUCCAGCGCGCCUCCAGUCCCUAGCAGAGCGGUCACUUCUGACAUACAGCUCACCAUUCAUAACUGCAUCAACAGGUCCAACAGCUGCGUUGGCAGCAAGUAUAAAGGAGUUAUAACUUCUGAAAGGUUGGGCCAGCUCAAGAAGAUGGUUGAAAACGCUGCUACCAACGGGAAAAUUUUCACGAUAAGAGGAAACUGGAAUGUGAUAAGACAGCAACUGGUCAAACGCGAAUGGAUGGAAAAGGUAGAGGUGCCCGAGAAAGACAAGACUAACAUGUGCGCUAGGAUUCGAGGAAUUUCCUCCACAGCUUCCGACGAACUGAUGGGGAAUUUGCCUCUUAAACAGGAUUGGGAGAGCCCUUCGGCAUAUGCCGAAAAAUGCGAGAAGCUGAUUACUGCAAGGCUUUUACAAAGGAUCGAGGCAAAUUUUUUCUGGAGCGUAAAAAGGGACCAGUUUGAUCAGAAGCAACGCGCCAACCCCAACAGACUGCUGAACAGAUUCAGCAGAUCCCUGUUCGCCUCCAAAGAGGGUUUGGCACUCUUACUGCAAAACUAUUAUUGGUUCACUGAACCCGACGUAGCUACCGUCAAUUUUCCACGAUGUUUCGUGUUGGAUGUUCUGCAAGGUUUCCCGGAACACUUUAACCACUUCGUGGACAACUUCAGGAUGACAGCUGCAAUCAGUUUAUUGAAAUAUGUUGUACACACAUACGACACCACUAAAUUCAAGUACAGCGUCGAAAUGUCCGACGGAAAAAUACCGAUAUCCUCCUUGAAAUUUGCCAUUGACCGAUGUCUGGAGUACAUCGCCAGUCAGAAACAUUUGGACAUCGACAGGGAUUUUGCCAGGGUCACACAACAGGAAUGGAACAACUUCAUUAACGACUAUUACUCCAUCGUCCACAACGGGGAAAAAUUCAAAACUCUGCCAGACACCCCCAUUUUGACAAUCGUGUCGCAAGCCAAGACCAUCUUGAAGGACGUUGCCAAAUAUUGGACUGAAUUCGAAACGGAUGGAUUUAGGAAUAUUUGGAUCCUGAAACCGGGCAAUAAAUGUAGGGGAAGAGGGAUCAUCCUGGUGAAAUAUCUGAAGGAAGUCGAGAAGAUCAUGAACUUGAAACUGAAAUACGUUGUGCAGAAAUACAUAGAAAGGCCACUGAUCAUUUAUAAUACCAAAUUCGACAUCAGGCAAUGGUUCUUGGUCACAAACGCACAACCGCUCACUAUUUGGAUGUACAAAGAAUGCUAUCUGAGGUUCAGCAGUCAAAACUACAACCUCGAGAAUUUUCACGAGUCCCUCCAUCUCACCAACUACGCCGUACAGUGCAAGUACACCAACAUGGAACAGAGGGAUAAAUCCUUGCCGAAGGACAACAUGUGGGACUCCCCGACCUUCCGCGACUACCUGAGGAGGCUGGGGAAAGGGGACAAGUGGGAACAAGUCGUCUAUCCAGGUAUGAAAGAGAGCAUUGUGUGCGCCAUGUUGGCCAGCCAGGAUACGAUGGAUAGAAGGCAGAACACCUUCGAGAUGUACGGGGCGGAUUUCAUCCUGGGAGAGGACCUGAGGCCGUGGCUCCUGGAGAUCAACUGCAGCCCUGACAUGUCUUCUUCCACCAGCAUCACCAAGAGGAUGUGCCCUCAGUUCUUGUCGGACAUUAUAAAAGUUGUGAUCGACAGACGGAAAGAUCCCAAAGCAGACGUUGGAAAUUUCGAAUUGGUCUACAAGCAAGUCCUGCCAAGGGCUCCCCCAUACUUGGGCACCAAUCUGGCCAUCAGAGGCAAAAGGAUGCUGAGAAACCGAGCGCUGAGGAUCAAACUGUCCUCGAGAAACGAGAAAGAGAAGGAGAACACCUUCCAAAAGAAACAGUCUCUGCUGCGAGCAGAGCUAUUGCGCAAAACGACAGUCCUGCAGAAGCUGCCUAAAAUAGUCACGCAAGACGUUUACAAAGGACCCGUUAUCGAGGAUCUGAUCGAAGAGCUGCAAAAGUGCUGCCAGAGCUUGAGCGACGAAAAGUUCGAAGAGCAAACGGUCAAGACGAGCAACGCAAAUGGGGUAUUGGCCGAAGUGAUGCUAGCUAAGAACAAACUGACUAACAAUUCUCGUUUCAACAGAAAGGUCCCAGAAAAGGAAAGGAGAAAGAAGUGGAUACCCGUCAAAUCAAAAUUAUGUAAAAAAACGAGUAACAGAGAAUCGAAAUCAACGACGAAUAUGCUAACACUGCCUAUUAAUAUUUGGGAGCCGAACACUGCCAUCGUUGUUGGAAAGGGAUAGUGUGACUGAUUUACUUUCCGAUUGUUCGAUGAAACUACUUUUAGUGGCAAUAUUUUUGAGCGUCUAUGAGUAAAUAUAUUCUGGUUUUUUGA